AUGACAAAUGGAAAUGCUAUUUACGAACCGAAGGCACAGUUUAAUGCAAAGCGGAACUGUACAGGAAAGUCAAUUGAGAGUCUUCGCAGAUUAAAGUUGGUUAUUCAUUUUUCACAUGCUUCAUUCAAUAUGGCAGCUUGUUGUGAACAUGAUUAUAUCAUAUCAAUUAUAUAUAUCAAUAAAAUAAAUAAAAACAUGUCUGUUAUAAGCAUUGCAGUUGGUGAUGCAUUAAAAUCAUUGAAGUAUUGGAUUGAUCAGGAUGCUGAUGAAUUUUCUGUUGAAAAGGUUGACGAAUCUAUGUUGACUAAAAUGGAUGAUAUUAUUAACGAGAUACAAGACAAAUCCAUAACACAAUUUGCAGAGUUGUGUGAUAAAUAUAUCCACCAAGUGCUGCUGGGGAAAAGACCAAAUUAUCGCCUUGAUGUCUUCAAACACAAAGUAGUUGAAAUUGAUGGACAGAGAUUGAUGCCACACCAUUUGAUGUACCAUAAUGUUGAAAGUGGUUAUGGUAAUUUUAAAGACACCCAAUUAGAUUCUAUGAAGGUGGUCCUUAACAAAUUUGUGGACUGCGAUAACCAAGAGAGACUUGUUGUGGAUGUUUUGCAGUACAUAGUGGUGUUGUGGACUACUAUUGGUUUUUGCAAAGUUAGCCCUGCAGUGGCACGUUUUUACCUGGCUGAGGGAGGUAAAGAUAGAGGCAAAGAAGCUUAUGACAUGCUCGAGCGGAGAUUUAUGAAACGAUCAAGUAUAAUAGCAACGGAAGUAAAGAAAAGGGAGAAGGGAAAUGACGAGAAAAUUGCAGAACAAGAGGGAUCUAUUAAAACAAAUGUUGAGGUGGGCCAAAAGAGGACGUACAAAAAGGAGAAGAAGAUCUGUCCAGAAUGUGGGGAAAGUAAAUUUAAUUUGCCUCGUCACGUGGAAGAUAAACACAAAUGGACAAAAGCAAAGUCUAAACAGAUAGUGAUAAGCCAUAGUCUGAGAAAGCCCUACAAUUGGCACCUUGAAACACCCAGUAGGAAAAAAGGAGGCGCAGAUAAAAAAACUUAUCCAGACUAUCAUGUUCCUCGCAUAUGUCCGUUGCCAACAUGUUUGAGAGUGGUAAAAAAAAUGUCAGAGCAUCUCCAACUCUACCAUAAAUUGGAGACUAAUGAAGAGUAUUAUGCGUUAUUACGUUCCUCCCGUCCCGUUUCCAAAAGCAACGAAGCUCCUCGGGAAGAAUCAAGUGUAGAUUUUGAGACGAACUUCAACAAUCCGGUUACUGAAGCAGAACGCAACGACUGCGAAAGCAGCACAAGCUUUGACAAUAAUGGCACAAUGCAACAGUUUCUGGCGUACCUGAUGUCCCCAGAUGGUGGGCAACGUGAAAGGAAAAGUUCCUUGCAAGCUGUUAGCGAAGUACGCACAGUGGUAAAUGUUUUGGGGGGCCAGCUUAUUAAUCUAUUUAAGAAGAAUAAGAUCAGAGACGAUUUUUUUGUCAAUUACUUAGACAAGAAAAGCAAGCCGGCAACCUCCAAGCACUACAUGUCUUCGCUAAUUUCAUUCAUGGAAUUUGCAGUCAGUGAAGGUUUGGAGUUGCCUGAACUUUGUGUGGAUGAUUUUAUAACCGCGAAAUUACGCCUACAUAAAUGGCGUAAAACUUAUAAUAAAGUCAUCGAUGAGCAACGUUGGGACAGAGAAGAAGCUCAAAUGGAGCUUUUAGUCAGUCCAGACCAAUGGGCAACAUUUGAAUGCAGCGAAUUGGCCAGAAAUGCGGUAAAACUGUUAGGGACAGCAUCAGAAAGCGAAGUUUUCACCAUGUUGGAAUACACCAACGUGCGUGAUUACUUGAUGACUGUUAUCGCUUUGCAAAAUGCACACAGAGCGGGUGUAGCAUCCAAUUUAACUUUGGAGGAAUUUGGAAAGCGCAAGUUAAUAUUCUCAUUAAGGCCACAGGUACCUGGACAGGCCAAUCAGGUGUUUGUUUCUUGGAAUGGAAAACCGUUGGAAUCUGGCAGUGUCAGUAAACAAAUACACUCCAUUUGGACACGCUCUGGAGUUUACGAUGGUUUUGAAAUGCCAAAAGGGAACAUAAACACUACGAUAAUACGCAAAUCCAUCACAACUCGCGUCCAUGAUCAGCAACCAGAUAACGCACAGCCUGUAGCUGAUUUGCUUGCACAUUCAUUGUCCACUGCUAAGAAAGUGUAUCGCCUUAGAGAGCGCGAAAAGCAAGCCGUUGCAGGAAUAAACGUUAUAAAUUCUGUCUUUGAAAGACCAAGACCAAAUUCAACACCAUCCAAACCAAACAAGUGGAGCAAAGACGAGGAGGCAAAAGUGUUGCAAUACUUUGAAAAAGAAAUUGCUGCGCAAUACAUAAAUAUUUCGAGGAUCAGGGAAAAAUUGCCAUUACUAGACAUCUCUAAAUCUGAGAAACAGAUUUACGACAAAAUUCGUUCCUAUUUUAUUUACGAUGCAGGUACAAGUAGCAACGUUGAAGAUCAAGUAAAAGUAAAAGAAAAUGCAGCUCUUGAACUUUGUCCUCCCGUUGAUCCAUCAUUUUAUCAGCAAUCUGAGCAUGACGACUGUUCGUCUAUCGCGACUGACGUAAUACCACCAACAACAUCGUCUAAUCUUUCCGGUCAGCAGAAAUUGUUUGAUUCUAUUGAAACCAAUGAAAUCAAAAGUCUUUGUUUUGACAUCAUAAAAGGUGGUCCAAUUUCUGCUGAACGCAUACUGGAAAAAUUGAGUAAAUCAGAAAUUGGUAGAGAAAUUCUGCAAAAGUAUAAAAUUAUGCAAGUCCAGACCAGGCUGAAAUACGAACGCCGAAUGUACAGAAUGAAAAAACGAUAA